UUUUUCCACUAAUGUAUUGUAAACUAACUAACAGUGUUUAUACUGUAUAUCAGGCAGGAGAGUUUGCAUGGGAGCAACUGCAGGAAGCUGUGUUGGCUCACAACUCAUUGUACAGUUUAGACCACAGCCUUAGUCUCCUGCCAAACCUUAAGAUACUAGACUUAAGCCAUUGUGAACUGGAGGAUGCCUCAGCUCUGGAGUACCUCCCUACUGUGUCGUUAUUAGACCUGAGCCACAACCAACUACGGCUCCUUCCCCGUCUCUCUCCUACUGCUACCUACUCUCUUAUAGUUCUCAUAGCCAAUAACAAUCUUUUUUCUCACAUAAGUGGUUUACAUGAAAUGAAUAACAUUGAGGAGCUGGAUCUGAGGGACAAUGUAUUAAGUUUGAAGGAAGCGUUGUCACCCAUUGGUGCCUUACCUCAUAUUAGAGUGCUCAAGAUAAGUGGUAACCCUAUCACAUGGGACCUCAACUACAGAAGUCAAAUUAUCAGACAGCUAAAUCCUGCUACUGCCAAUCAUAAGGUUGUGUUUGAUGAUGUGCCUCUAACAGGUCAAGAAUAUGAUGAGGUUGGGAUGCAUGCAGUGCCAGCAGGAUCCUCUUACUCCCCAGAACUUCUUUCAUCUCUUUCAUCCCUCUCCUCCCUUUGUUCUCCAGUGAAUCCAAUAAGUCCAGCACAUGGACUAAUCUCACAGCCUCUGUAUUCACCUGAAGAGGCAGAUCUGAUUCAGCUAGAUCCAGUAGACUCCCAACCAGCAAGUUUAGUUAAUGAUUCAGCUCCUGUAUCACUCAAAAACUCAGGCAAUGGACAACCCCGCAGAAAAUCAAAGAAGAAACGCACUCGACAUAUAGCCAUCACAGAUCCUGAUAAUGAGGAUAUGGACAAUUAG